AUGUACCGGUCCAUAUACCCGAACGCUACUCUCCAUGGAGUCAACUGCCAGUACUCGUUCCUCAAGAAGUUUACACCCUGCGGACAGAACCAACGAGCAGUGCACAUCUACCGCUUCAAGGGAUCCGGCGGACCCCCAGACGAGCGACCUACAGAGUCAUUGCAGUUCGGGGACUACCUCGAACUGAAGCAUGAGACCUUAGUCCUGAGGGGCACAGAGCUACUCCACAAGGACUUUUGCCUGGUGACUGCCAAUGGUCGAUUUAUCAUUGUUGCAGCGGUGUCCCCUUCCACAGCAGGACCCUCAGAGUCUCGCACCUAUCCAUGUGCCCUCAACUGCAUCUCCAACCUGGACACCGUCGUCUUCUACGUCAUUGAGCUCGCCACUGGAAAGAUCACUGAUAAGCGCGAGUUCUCACGCGAGUACAUUAUGAUUGCACAUCACUAUGGCGUGAGUCUCUACGACUCGCUGUUUGCAGUCAUGUUGAUCAAGAGCCAAGCCAUUCAAAUCAUUCACGUCAAGAACAAUGGCAAGCUGGUGGACAUGCACAGGAUAGGAUGGUUCAAUCACGAGGACGACGAAUGGGUGCUGGCGCAAUACAGAGACUUCAACGGACAAUACAUUGCACAGAGCAGCAUGUCCGCAGCAUCUUCCACAUAUCUUCGUGGAUUCAGUCCAAAGGACGAAGAUAUGAAUGAUCCCAGGACAGCGGAUCGACACGAGUCGUUCGCUCUUGCGCCAAACAACGCGUCACCUAUGGAACCCCUUUCGGAAACUACCUACCACCAAGUGCCUUCAGGAGCCAACAACACGAAUGGCCAGUCUCCGCGAGCGAACCAACAUAACAUCGCGGCGAAUAGUUUUAGUGCACAAUCGGCUCGCCAACCACAGUGUGACGAGCCGCACUCUCAAACCCUCAGUGGCAUCAAACAGCGACUCUUGGCGUAUCUCUUCCGGAAAGCAUUCUACGCGGAUGACGGUGGGGCGGCACUUCGACACUUUCACCUUACGUUUCAGCAAUUUGCAAGCUUGGUCAUGUGGCGGAUGCAGUUCCUGGACGAGUCCACCUUGCUCAUCAAGUUCGGGAAGUUGGAUUGCGUUGUUGGGAAGCCGGCUGACAGCUCACAUCAGACAGCAUUCUUUGUGUUCUACGACAUUCACACGACGGAGAUUCUUCAAGUUUACGACAAUGCAUCCACGGAAUUCCUUCGACUCUAUGAAUCAUGGGCGGACCAGUUCUGUGCGACCGCUUACUCGACUGCAGGAAAGGACAAACGCCACUAUUCAUCCACUUGCUCCAAUAACGUCUAUGCCAAGGAUCAUCUGAAGAAGACACAAUACGGGAUGAGGAAUGCCCGCAACGGAGGGUCUGCGCAAGCGGUGAAGCGAUCGCUCUGUGUUCUACCAUACAGCCCGCAGUCGUUCAGUGACAGCCCAUAUCUGGAUCAGGCUUUGUUUAGUUACGACGAAAAACUCAUCUCAGCAUUGGAUCGUCAAAAACUUUAUCAGGAUGUCCCGAUCAAGUUCUACUUGCGCGGAAGCGGCGGACUUCGUUUCAAGAUCCAUCUGUUCAAGCCGAGUCCAAACGGCAACGGAAGCGGCAGUAGCAACAUCAGCAACGGCAGCGCCAACGGUAGCGCGGCUACGACCACCAACACAAACAACACAAAUAACAUAAACGGUGCUCCCAGUAACACUGGGGCUACCACGGCAGGCGGGGGAGGAACAGGAAAUGGAACAGCAGUAUCAGUAACACGAAGCCGGCGAUUUGCCCAGUUCAUCCCACACCCGUUCGAGCCAUUCAUCAUCUCUGUGAUUCAUCAGCAACAACAGCCGACUAUCGUCAACUUUCAUAUCCGCGUACCUGAACAGGACGCUUCACUGUAA